UAUUCAACAAAUGCUAUGAUUCAAACUAAAAAACAGCAGUCUCCUGUAUACACCUCAUGGGAUCCUCGGUUUACCUCCUUCACCAUUGCACCCUCUCCAUUCCGCCCUUUCGAGUUCCUUCCACUGUCAAUGUUGCAAGAACUACCAGACCUAAUUUCAGAUUUUCGCAUUCUUCUACUUCACUUCCGAUGUCCUCAGGACGUCACAUCGGACGCUUGCUUACUCCCAUAGUCUGUGCUGCAGACGGGGUUUCUACCCCUCCAACAAACAACAAAGGUGAUGACAAGAUUGUGAGAACUGGGAUAGGGGCUGCUAUAGCUUUGACUUGUGUUCUUGGGGUCAUAGGUUGCAGUUAUAUGAUCAACCAAAAGGCCAUUACAUCUCCUAAAAUAUUCGUGACUGGUUCUUCAAGGCAUAAGAACAUUCACCAACCUGCUGCUAAGGCAAAUGAGUUAAUGGAGCUAAUGGAUAGAGGAAAGCACAAUACAGUAUCUGAGAAACUGAAAGGGAUGUUUCAGGAAAAUCCUGAUGAAGCUUAUAGUGUGGGGAUGGAACUAAUAAAGAUUCUCAUCAGUAGGGAAAGAUUCAGAGAUGGUGUCACCAUAAGUGGACAACUGGAGGGUUUAUAUGGCAAAUCGACUUCUGCCCCUCUCAAAAAGGGAAACCUUUUUCUUUACAAGGUUUUGAUGCACGGCAUGGUGGGUGAAAUCGGGGAGGCAGAGCUAUCGUGGAAUAAGUUCAAGAAUCUUCUAGGAGCAACUAGUGUUGUUCCCGUGUUGCCACGAUCCUAGGGAUUGAUCCUAAACAGGAAAUAUCCAAAUAAAAUUUGUUCUUUAUAAUUUGUUAUUUAUAUACUAGAGGGUUGUUGCAUGAAUGAUUUAAGCCUUGAUUUUACAGUCAGUUUGGAGUUUGUAGUGAAUUAAAAAAAAAAAAGCAGAUCUGAGAGAGAGAGAGAGAGAGAGAACUAUGAAGUUCUGUUGUUUUGCCUUCAAUCCUCAAUUAUAUUGAGUAUGCUUUUUUUGUUGUAAUUGAAUAUAUCUUAAGUGUCCUUUCCUUA